AUGUCUGCCCAAUCUGCGUCUCCGCCCGCUGACGACUCGCCGUCCCCUUCGUCGACGUCCAAUCCGCCCGCCGGCACCUCGUCCGCCACAUCGCCGAGCUCCGCGGCCGUUACCCCUGAUCCUCCCUCGGCGUCGUACCCAUGCCAGUGGGAGGGUUGCUCAAAGUCUAUGAACGAUCCCGAAGUGCUCUAUAACCAUCUGUGCAAUGACCACAUCGGCCGAAAGAGCACGAACAACCUCUGCCUGACCUGCAAGUGGAACGGGUGCGGGACUACCUGUGCCAAGCGCGACCAUAUUACUUCGCAUCUGCGCGUCCAUACGCCCCUCAAGCCGCAUGCGUGCGAGAUCUGUAAAAAGACAUUCAAGCGUCCUCAAGAUCUCAAGAAGCACGAGAAGAUCCAUACGGAGGAGCACCAUGCGCAACACAAGCACUCCAAGGCGCUCACUGUUCCCGACCCCGCCUUCAACAACCGUGUCCGCCGCGAGUCUAUCUCGUCCAGACCGAAGCCUCAGCCUCACAUGAGCGACAAGGAUGUCAUCGGCCUUUUACCUACACCGUCUCCCGAAAUGGUGCACCCCUCUGCUUACGGAGUGCACCCGGCUUCGCAUCCUCGCAUGGUGCCCGCGGACCAUUAUUCCCACCACCCUACUUGGGAGACGAUGCGGCCCGAUGGCUCGGUCGCCCAGUCGAGCGGUCUUGGCAUGAAACGCUCGCACGAUUACGCUGCUGUUGACGACUUUAUCACCGACGUCAAGAAGCGCCGCUUGGUGCCUUCAUACAACUCACCAGAGAUGGCGGCCCGCCUGUCCGACCUUGCUUACCACCAUGGCGCUCCUGCGCCGUCGCACAUGAAUCUCAGCGAACCAGGCUUCAAUCCGCGCAGCAUAUCGCUGAACAUCAGGACGCCCGAAGAACUGGCGGCAUUGAAUCACUUCCUCCUGACAUUGGGUCGCGAUACAGAGCAGCGUAUGCCUGAGCCUAGCUCGCAGCACGGUAGCUCAGUCUUCGACAUGCAGCAGUUGGCGCAGCUCGGCCUCACAUCAAUGCCGGGUAUCGGUACCUCCAGUGGUGGCUACGAUGCUCAAUAUUCCAGCCCACAUUACGGUUACACCCCCUCGCACCGCCAGCAGUCCCACUCUCAUUGGCAGUCUGGUGCUCCUGGCUACCCUGCGUUGCACGAACCACUCUCUGGAGCUGGGUACGGUCAUCGUGGCGAAGACCUCUUGCAGAUGGCCUACGCUGCACAGAGCUCCAUGCAGCCGACGCCGCCGCUCGAGUCGGGCUCACCUGCUAGCGCUCGCUCAUCACCGCCUCACCGCCUGGAUCCCUUCGAGAGCGCAUUCCAUGACCAUGGCCGACCCCCUCGCCGUAUGAUACCUGCUCAACUCGCACCCGCCGAGUACGGUGGCAUACAUAGGCAAACCACCAUUCCACUCAAGUCCUUACCCGGUCGCGCGAGCAGUGUCGAGUCAGACGCACCGUCUCCUGCGAGCUCCGCGAGUUCGACUGCCUCGGAGGCUGACGUUGUUGAGCCGAUGACGCCGCCUCGGACACCCACGCGCCAACAGCGCACGGCGAGCCCCGCAAUCGGCUCUGGCUCUUUGUACUCGCACCUCAAAGCUGGCGAUGAGGACCUCACGCUACCACCUCUCCGUCGGGAGCCUGUCGCGGAUGCAGCAACGCUGCCCAGUUUCCGCUCGCUAACCGGCGGUCAACGCGCGUAUCCAUCUUUGGAUGAGCUCGAGCCAGAUGCCCCGGUCACGCGCGGAAUCAAGGACAUGUCUCUCGGUGGAGGGAAGGACGAACGCACACAACACGCCUUGAUCAUUCGCGAUCUACUUGUCUAUGUCAAUGAGCAAUACCGCCAGCAGCAUGCAAGCUCUGUGCCUCACGUAGACGCUGCGCCCACCAUUGUGGCUUCGCGUGACAUUGCGGUUGGUGCCGCUUGA